AUGGCGGCCCUUGUGGAAGACAUGGAGUCGCUUCGUAAGCGGCUGCAGCUGAGCGAGGAAUGGAACUUGCGACUUCAGAGCCAAAUACAGGAAUUGUUACAACUCCCACAUAAUGAGGUGGAGACGCUUAGAAGUAGGAUGUAUAACCCCGACAUUGCCAUCCCUCUUCUACAGUGUUAUGAUGCCACCAUUCUAGAGAAACAAGAUGAAAAUGAAAAGCUCCAGCAGGAAAACCACCGGCUGAGGAGCCGUUUGCAAGAGAUGACUACCAACGUGGCCGAAAUGCAGGAAGCGGUGCAAACCGCGGAAGAUUUGAUGAAGGAGAAAGAGGUGGAGUCACAACGCCAGCAGCGUUGCAUCGACGAUGUACGACUGCAAGCUGAGCACGAGUGCGCGAAAGCACGCCAAGAUUUGUCAAGAGCACUGGAAACGGAGGGAAAUAUGAAACGGGAGGUGAAGCAGAUGCAACGGCAGCUCGCCGCCGCCCAAGAAGAAGUGGUUCAGCGUCAGCGCGAGGUUGCAACACUGGAAGAGACAUUGAGACUCACGCAGAGCCGACUAAAGUUGGCUUCGAGCGAAAAGGAAGAGACACAGCAACAGCACGAGGUUCAGCGCAUACAACUGCAGUUGCUCAGCAAGGAGAAUGAGGACAAGAUGCAAGAACUGGAGCGGUUACGGAGCAGAAUGGUGCAAUCUCUUCGGCAGGCCGCUGAAAACCACGCAGCGCACAUGCGGAUCGUAGAGGAGAAACACCGUGAAGCACUUGAGGGGCUUCGAAUGCAACUGACCACUCAGGAACUCGAAACCCAAAAGUUACGUGCUCAGCUUGCACGUGUGGAUACCAGUGGUGGGGGAAGCAAGUAUGAAAUUGCUACACGGACAACCACGGAACUUCUAGAGUCGCAAGCGCGGCAGGCGCAGGAGAUUGAAUUAAAGCGCCUUUACGCCGAACUCUCGGCUGUUCAAAUUCAAAGAGAUGACGCCCAGCUACGUUAUGAGCAACUAUCCAGUAACCUACGGAGAGAGGAAGCAGAGCGUACGAGUGAGAUGCAGAGGGGAAUGCAGCAGCUACGGAGCAAGUUACGUGAACUUGAGCAGCAGCAUGAACAACUUGAGAAGGAACACGCGCGUGUGAAGGAAGAGGUACGUGUGCUACGAGAGAAAAGCAAGAGCCAUGCGGGUGAUCUCCAGCGUGCACGGCAGGAAAGGGAUCAAUCAACAAAAAGGGCAGAGGAACUACGGCGUGCGCUCUCGUCAGCCGAGGAGGCGUGUGAGACAGCAAAGCGUGAAGGAAAAGAAGGGGUUGCACGGGAACGGCAGCGUAUGGAGGAGCAGUCACGGCGCAGUGAAGAAGUGUUACGUGAGUUGCAGAUGUCAAAAGAACGGACGGUUGCGGCGAUGAACGCGGUAGAACUGCAACGUGACGAUGAGAGGCAUAAGCUUGUAGCGGCAAACGAGCGACUAGAGGCGUUGCAGUUACGUCUGGAUGCUCGUGAGCGUGAGACGGAAGUGCUGAACUCAAAAUUAAGCCACAUGCAGGAGGCGGUGCGGUUGAAUCAGCAACAGGCGGUUGCGUGCGAUGAGCGGGUUCAGCAGCUAUUGGCACAGGAUGAAGAGAAAUCGAAGCAGUUAAGAGAGUUAAAGUUGUUGGUAGAGCGCCUCAAAUUGGAAAGCGCUCGCGCAACGCGUGCACAUGACCGACUCCUGGAAGAAGUGAAUGUCCGACUCCAUUAG